CUUACCCUUCGGCGAGCGGUUAAGACGGGAGAUAUUGGAUGGAUUAACAGGCUGAUUGAUCCUUUAGCCAUCAUAUUCUAUGCUACUGGUCAACAUAAAUAUGGUGACGAAAUGCUUCAUCUUCGCUGGAUGUUGUUAGAUCGUGUUUCGGACGAGGCACUUCGGAUCGUAAUUCUAUCGUCUAGCCUUGUGAACAUUCAAGGUAAAACGGAUCAAUUUAAACCGAUUGAUAUUGCCCCUGAACACGUCAAUUGCGCAUACAAGAUUGAUAUCAAGAUGUUUAAGAACUCUACACACGAUGCGGAUAAAACCUUUGGAAGAGUGGCACUACUCAGCCAUUCCUUUACCAAGAUUCGCGCAGCCUGGGAAACCUCAGUUGGCAUCGCCCCUACCGAUCGACAUACGAAUAAAGAUGAUCGUCAAGAUGUCUUCAGCCGUGCACUCUACCUCUAC